AUGGGACAUGGAAGCUUGAGGUGCUUGGAAGAAGAGAGGAAUGCACUACUCAAGAUCAAGGUCGCCUUCAACUACCCGAAUGGGUCCUCUUUCCCAUCAUGGCGUGAUGGCGAUAGUGACUGUUGUGGUUGGGAAGGCGUCAAGUGUGAUGCCACUACUUCACGGAUGACUGAACUAUAUCUGAACGGUUUGUGCCGAUUGAGGAAACUUGAAGAGUUGGAUAUUAGUGAUAACGGAUUUGGGGGUCUUCUUCCUUCAUGCUUGUGCAACAUGACGUCACUCCGUGCUCUUGAUGUUCGAAAUAACAAUUUUAGCGGGGCCAUUCCUCCAUCUCUCCUGUCUAAUCUCAAGUCACUUGAAUAUAUUGUGUUUUCUGGAAAUGCUUUUGAAGGAUCACUUUCGCUUGCUUCCUUGGCUAAUAAUUCUAACCUUGCGGUAUUCCACCUCAUCGACAACCGUAAUCGUUUGGAAGUAAAUACAGAAAAGCCCACUUGGUUUCCUUCAUUUAAGCUAAAAAAGUUUGGUUUAUCAAACUGUAUGCUCAACAAAGAUGCAAAUGGUGUGAUUCCCGGCUUUUUGAAAGAGCAACAUGACUUGACCAGUGUUCAAUUCAGCCACAAUGGAAUGAGAGGAAAUUUUCCAAAUUGGCUAUUGGUCAACAAUGUAAAUCUGGCAUGGUUUGAUCUCAUAGGCAACAGUUUUUCAGGUGCUUUUGACUUGCCUUCCAAUUUGAUUCUUGAUAGCAUGUGGUGGUUCGAUGUGUCUGCAAAUGCUAUUGAAGGAGAGCUUCCACCAUGGAUUGGUUCUAUCCUCCCAAGUUUGACACAUUUGAACCUGUCAAACAACUUAUUAAAAGGUAGAAUCCCUCCCUCAAUGGGCUUUAUGAAACUGCUACGAAUAUUGGACUUGUCAAAGAAUGGCUUCUCGGGAGAGAUUCCAAAGACACUUGCUAAAGAUUGCUUGUCACUUUCUACAUUGAUAUUGUCAAGCAACAAAUUGGAAGGCCAAAUGCUCCCGAGGUAUACUAACUUGAGAAGGUUAAACUUUUUGUAUCUAGACAACAAUCGUUUCACAGGGGACAUAUCACCUGGUUUAUUGAAUAGCUCCAUAUUAAGUGUUUUGGAUGUAAGUAAUAAUUUCCUAUCUGGAACACUUCCCAAUUGGCUUGGAGAUCAACCCUUGUCUGGGCUUAUGCUCUCGGGCAAUUUAUUGAGAGGUCCUUUACCAUUGAGCUUGUGCAACUUACCAAUUCUUGAGCGUUUAGACCUUUCAAAUAACAUUCUUGGGCCAGAUAUACCUCCCUGUGCCAACUUUAUAAUUUUGAAGUACUUGCAUUUAGCAAAUGACAGGCUUGUUGGGCAUUUUCCUGAGUUUCUUUAUGGAGUUUCUUCAAUUGUCACAUUGGAUCUUAGAUACAAUGCAUUGUCAGGGGAGAUCCCUAGGUGGAUUGGUUCUUUUCGGAACUUGAAGGUUCUUCUAUUGCAAGGAAACAAUUUUGAAGGUUCAAUCCCUCUAGAUGUAUGUUUGUUGACAAAUAUGAGCAUGUUGGAUCUCUCCAAUAAUAAUCUUUCUGGAAAAAUUCCUUCUUGUUUGAAGGAUUUGACAUUUGGAGAAUAUGGGACAUCAAUGCAGUAUCUUCUCUCAAGAAGAUGGGUAGAGUUUUGGGAACUACACAACUAUAAGGUCAGAUUCAAUUUCACGUAUUGGUAUAAUGAAGGGGACAUAUUUGGCAAUAUGGAUGUACUAGAAGAAGUAAACUUCAUGACAAAGAGGAGGUUGGAAUCUUAUAAGGGCAACAUUCUAAAACUCAUGUUGGGAAUGGAUCUCUCUCAAAACAAUUUUACUGGCUUUAUUCCCCCAGAGGUUGGUUACUUGAGUAAACUUCUGGCAUUGAACCUGUCACAUAACCAUUUGACAGGACCUAUCCCAGAAACUUUUUCCAAUUUAAAGAACGUAGAGAGCUUGGACUUGUCCUACAACAGCUUAAUUGGUCCCAUCCCUCCACAACUCUUAGAGCUCUAUUUCUUGGAAGAUUUUAGUGUUGCUAACAACAACUUGUCAGGCAAGACACUAGAUCAAAAAAACCAGUUUGGAACUUUCAGUGAAGCAAGCUAUGAAGGUAACCCUUUUCUUUGUGGACCACCAUUAAAAAGCUGUAAUGGAUCAAGUCAGGAGCCGAGAACACUACCAACCUUUAAUCAUACUAGGGAGGAUGACUCUUGGACAGAAGCCUUCUUGUGGAGUUUUGCAGGAUCAUAUGCGGUGGCAUUCCUUGGUGUGGUUCUUUUUCUCUACAUGAACUCAUACUAUCGAUAUGUACUAUUUGAGCUUGUUCAUAAGCUUAUCCCAUCAUUUCCCAGAUUCUAA